AUGUCCCGUCUGAACGGGAGAAUUACCGGAAACCCCGCGGACCUUGGUGACUUCGAGCCAUCGUGUCUCGUGCGAACUCCAUCUGGAAACUUUUACGUGCCUUCGGGUGAACUCAAUACCUGGGACAUUCAAAAGAAUCCGUCUAUGGACUACAAAUCGAAUUCUUCGUGUAGUAGUCCAGGAAAACAAGAAAAAGGAACGUUAGAAAGAAUGGACAGGAGCGACAGGCAUCCAGCCUUUGGCGUGCCUGUGCCUGUGCUUCCCGUCAGGAACAACUUGAGGGCGACCCACUUCCCCCCAGCCGCUUCGAGGUUUCAUUUCAGAAAGGGCCUGUCCUCGAGAUGUUCUUGGAAAUGUACUGCCAUAGUGUUUAUAGUAUUAUUCGUUCUACUAUUAUCUAUCGCUUCUUAUAUGUCAGCCUCUUAUUUUACGGACAAUUGGUCAUAUGAGAAUGCGAAGCCUUGUUCGGUUAUAGUUGGAGAUGUAGAUAAAUUUCAAGCGUCAAAAGCCACUACGCUUGAAUCAAGUAAUAAAUCAUUGCCACGACAGCACCAGAGUUCAACGUCUUCUACCUCAGGUAAAGAAGGCGGCCUUUCGCGCGCUCGUAGAAGUGUAGACGAGCAUGCUUCUUUAUCUUCUGUUUCUGCUACGGAUUCUUCCACUGUAGAUAUGAUGCAUGAACUAAUCACUUCUCCCUCUAUGACCACUGGUAGCUUAGUGCAUGGUGUGUCAUCAGAAGUAAGUACGGAAUCUCAAGACGCCGCUUUUAAUGCUUCUGUAUUUAGUACUACGGGCGAUCUGGGGCUCAAUGUUAAUGUAACUAAUACAACGACGCUUAAUGUAAUACAACCUGAAAUCACAAGCACAACUAAGAAUAUUUUCUCUAAAAUUGUCACUAACAAGUCCGAGAACAUGGUACAACCACCUGAAGCUAAAAAACUUGACCAAGAAGAAAUAGCUUACUAUCCAGAAGAGAUGCAAAGUGAUGCAUACCCCUCGAUCUACUCAUACGGUGUUCAAAAGCUUCAAUACCUAAAAUUACUAACAAGAUUGAAUGAAGUCAACGAAGAAUUGCACAUUUUCACAAAUGAUACUGAAGAAAUACAUGAAAAACCUGAAAAGUAUCACUACGACAAUAAAGCACCAAAAACGACAUCACUUUCACCAGAACGUACAAAUAAACCUACCAACCAACUAACAACCAACUCUCCAAUGUUGUUAACUACCAAAAAAAGUGUGACGGACUCUAAUGUUUUUACAACUCAUAGUGAUAGAAUACCGACUAAUUCUGAUGCAUUAUUAACAGUUACUACCCAGGGCACAUCUUCUACUAGUGUGAAUAAACCAAAAGCUUCCUCAACUACCUCCAGCACAGAAAAAUCCUCAGCAAAUGAUGCUACUGAAUCUAAAACUUCAGAAACAUCUGUAAAUACAAAGCAUGUUUUGAUUAAUUUAACCAUAUCCUCUGACGAUGCAGACAAUUCAUACAAACCUCUUUAUUCCUUAACGUUCACAGUCCCAACAGUUGGUGAUACGAAUGAAAUUCCUACAGUCAAAAUUACACCAAUGGACUUAGAACCUACAGCACCAACUAAUUUCAACAAGCCAGUGAUAAUUGAGGACCCGAAAACAGCGACUAAAGCAGAUGAUUGGGGAGGUAGUUGCGAGUGUUCUUGUCCAAUAUGUGAGAGUAGCUUAUCUGCAGAAGACUUUUAUGAUGAGGGAAUGGACAAGACAACGCCCACUAACAGAGAUCAAACAGAUUUUUCUACAGAUUCUACGGAAAAAGAUUAUGUCACUACAGAGACAAUAGAAACCCAAUACACAACAGAUAAAGAUUAUUCAACUGAAAAUCUAACCACUAACAUAACGACGGAACCUACAGCAGGUGAAGUGCUCACGACAGAAGACAUAAUAAAUACAAGUAGUGACGAAACUAUAACAGUAUAUGACACUAUUUCAACCACUGAAGUGCCUUUUUCAUGCGUGUGUCCAAAGGUUAAGCCUCCACCAAUCUUAGUAUUGGAAGGUGCGCGAACGUUCCCAAUGCAGACCUUCCCUCCCGACGGAACGACAUUCAAACAAAUUACUUUAGGUGAAAAAUUAUCAAAAGAAAUCCCUCCAUAUAGCUACUGGAAUAUGCAGUUCUAUCAGUCGGAAGCCUCUUAUGUGAAAUUCGACUACAUGAUACCGAGGGGAGCGUCGAUAGGUGUGUACGCGAGGCGGAACGCUCUACCGACACAUACACAGUAUCACUUUUUGGAAGUUCUAAGCGGAUUUAAGGCUAGAACUACGAGAGCAUCACACCCGUCGAUAAGGAAAGAAGUCACACAUUAUAUGGAGCAAGGACAUUGGUUUCUCUCUCUUUACAACGACGAUGGAGAUCCACAAGAGAUUUCGUUCAUCGCAGUGUUAGCUGACUAUCUUACUCACAGCUGUCCAAAUGGCUGCUCAGGAAAAGGUGAAUGCCUGAUGGGACAUUGCCAAUGUCAGCCUGGCUUUGGUGGGGAUGAUUGUAGCGAAAGUGUAUGCCCUGUUUUGUGUAGCCAACGAGGUGAAUACAUCAAUGGUGAGUGUCAAUGCAACCCCGGAUGGAAAGGCAAGGAGUGUUCCCUACGACACGAUGAGUGCGAGGUCCCUGACUGCAAUGGUCACGGACACUGCGUCAAUGGAAAAUGCUCAUGUGUUAGAGGAUACAAGGGGAAGUUCUGUGCGGAAGUGGACUGCCCGCAUCCGACAUGCUCCAGCCACGGGUUUUGUAUUGAAGGCUCUUGUGUCUGCAAAAAAGGAUGGAAGGGUUUGGAUUGCGCCACAAUGGACAAGGAUGCGCUGCAGUGCCUUCCUGAUUGUUCGGGACAUGGGACAUUUGAUGUGGACACACAAACUUGCUCCUGUCACGCAAGAUGGUCGGGAGACGACUGUUCCAAAGAGGUAUGCGACCUGGAUUGCGGUCCUCACGGAAGAUGCGUCGGCGAGUCGUGCGUAUGUGACCAAGGCUGGACAGGCGAAUUCUGCACCUCAAAACUCUGUGACCCUCGCUGCAGUGACCAUGGACAAUGCAAAAAUGGCACUUGUCUAUGCGUUUCUGGGUGGAACGGAAGGCAUUGCACGUUAGAAGGCUGCCCGAGAGGCUGUGCUGGCCAUGGGCAGUGCCGCGUAGCGAAUGAUGGCCAUUGGGAGUGCAAAUGUUUCGAUGGAUGGGAUGGACCUGACUGUACCACGCUUAAGGAACAGAUAUGUGACGAUUCUAAGGAUAAUGAUAAAGACGGCCUUGUCGAUUGCGAGGACCCCGAAUGCUGUCAAAGCGCCGCCUGCAAGUCCAGCCAACUGUGCGUCUCUUCUCCUAAACCAACAGACAUUCUUCUCCGGAAGCAGCCACCAGCCAUCACGGCUUCAUUCUUUGAACGAAUGAAGUUCCUUAUUGACGAAGGAAGCCUCCAGAAUUACGCGAAACAGGAGACAUUUAAUGAGAGUAUGUUUUGGAAUCACUUCAACACGAGCCGGUCUGCCGUUAUCCGAGGUCGUGUGGUAACGUCCCUUGGAUCAGGAUUGUUGGGAGUCCGAGUCUCAACUUCGACUCCACUUGAAGGCUUUACUUUAACUAGAGAGGAUGGCUGGUUUGAUCUGCUUGUGAAUGGUGGAGGUGCGGUGACCUUACACUUUGGCAGAGCGCCGUUUAAGAGAUCCACACAAGUUGUCUUCGUGCCAUGGAAUGAGGUGGUAAUAAUCGACGAAGUAGUUAUGACGACAUCGGAUGAAAAGAGUGGCAUGGGACCUCCUCAAGCUUGUCUCGCUCACGACUAUGACGCGAUGAAGCCUGUGGUACUGGCCACUUGGAAGCAUGGGUUCCAAGGCGCCUGUCCCGAUAAGAGUGCUAUUUUAGCGGAAUCUCAGGUUGUGCAAGAAAGUCUCCAAAUACCAGGCACAGGCCUUAACCUGGUCUACCACAGUUCCCGGGCAGCUGGAUAUCUCUCCACAAUACAACUGCAAUUAACCCCUGAGAAAGUGCCACCAACCCUUGCCCUCAUCCACCUGCGUAUUACCAUCGAAGGCAUCCUCUUCGAGAAAACCUUUGAGGCGGAUCCAGUGAUCAAAUUCACGUAUCCGUGGAACAGGUUGAACGUGUACAGGCAGAGGGUCUACGGUGUAACGACGGCUUUAGUGAAAGUUGGCUACCAGUACACGGAUUGCAAGGAUAUUAUCUGGAACGUGCAAACGACGAAAUUGAGCGGCCAUGAUAUGAGUAUUUCUGAUGUCGGUGGAUGGAAUCUGGAUAUUCAUCAUCGAUACAAUUUCCAUGAAGGUAUCCUCCAAAAAGGUGACGGCACCAACAUCUACCUGAAGCACAAGCCGCGUCUGAUCAUCACCACAAUGGGCGACGGCAGACAACGGGCCUUGGAGUGCUCCUCGGAAUGCAGUGGCUCAGCCACCAGGCAGCGUCUUUUGGCCCCCGUGGCUCUUACUGCGGCUCCAGAUGGCAGCAUCUUCGUGGGAGACUUUAAUCUGGUUCGCAAGAUCAACACUGAUGGCUCCGUCAGGACCGUUGUGAAACUCAAUGCUACUCGCGUUUCCUACCGUUACCACAUGGCAUUAUCACCUCUCGAUGGCACACUCUACAUCUCCGACCCGGAGUCACACCAAAUCAUUAAGGUCCGAAACACAGAUGACUUUAGCGACCCAGAGAGGAACUGGGAAACCGUCGUGGGUUCAGGAGAAAGGUGUCUGCCUGGAGACGAAGCUCACUGUGGAGAUGGAGCUUUAGCCCGUGACGCCAAGCUGGCCUAUCCUAAGGGCGUGGCGGUGUCUACCGACAACGUUCUAUACUUCGCCGACGGCACCAACAUCAGAAUGGUGGAUAGAGACGGAAUUAUAACUACAGUGAUCGGCAACCAUAUGCACAGGGCUCACUGGAAACCCAUCCCCUGCGAAGGCACCUUGAGCGUUGAGGAAGUUCACUUACGAUGGCCGACGGAGUUAGCUAUCAAUCCUUUGGAUAACAGUCUGCAUAUCAUCGACGACCACAUGAUCCUCCAAAUGGCUCCCGACGGCCGAGUGAAGGUGAUCGCCGGAAGGCCGUUGCACUGUCCGUCGCCGCUCACCGGAUAUGACAUGGAAUUGGCCACUUAUGCCACUCUAGUCAUGCCCCAGAGCAUAGCGUUCGGUGCGGCUGGAGAUUUGUACGUUGCGGAGAGUGACUCGCAGAGGAUCAACAGAGUCAGGUUGAUCACGACGGAUGGAAAGAUUUCACUUUACGCCGGAGCUGAAUCGAAAUGCAACUGCUUGGAGAGAGGAUGCGAUUGCUUCGAGGCCGAUCAUUUCUUAGCGUCCAACUCCAAAUUUAAUACGAUUUCUGCGGUCACGGUCAGCCCUGACGGAAUCGUCCAUAUUGCGGACCAGGCCAACUACAGAAUUCGAUCUGUCAUGGCGAGCAUUCCCGACGCAAGUGGAGCGAGAGAGUAUGAAAUUUAUUCGCCAGAUACGCAGGAGACUUACAUAUUCAACAGAUUUGGUCAACACGUGAUGACGAAAAAUAUUUUGACCGGCGAAAACAACUACGUGUUCACGUACACCGUUAACACCAGCAACGGAAAGCUCAGCACGGUCACAGACGCCGCUGGAAAUAAAGUCUUCUUACUGCGCGACUAUUCGAGUCUCGUCAAUUCAAUCGAAAACACCAAGGGACAAAAGUGUAGAUUGAAAAUGUCGCGAAUGAAGAUGCUUCAAGAAUUAAGAACACCCGAUAACUUCAACAUGACCUUCGAUUACCACGGAACAACAGGUCUAUUGAAAGCCAAAUACGACAGCACCGGCCGCAGCUACAUCUACAAAUACGAUGAAUUCGGUAGAUUGACUUCAGCCGUGACUCCUACCGGCAGAAUCAUAACUCUAACAUUCGAUCUAAGCCUGAAGGGUGCCACUGUCCUCGUCAGCGAAAACAACAAGAAGCCUACUUCAAUUCUCAUCAAGGGAUCGUCUGUCAUCACUAAAGUUGGCGAGGCGGAAAAGAAGACUAUAAUCUCUACUGACGGCAGUAUUUCAUCUAGUAUGCCCUGGGGUCAGGUGAUUUCGACGGACACCGUCCCGUACACGAUAUUAUCAGAAAUCGACCCGAUUUUGGGAGAAAGUUACCCUGUCCCUGCAAAACAGAGGACCGAAGUCGGUGGUGAUUUGGCGAACCGUUUCGAAUGGAGAUAUUUCUUACGAAGACUUCAGUCUAAUAAAGGAAAGGGCAGUAAAGCAGUUGCACAGAUUGGGCGGAAAUUGAGAGUGAACGGGGAAAAUCUACUCACACUUGAAUACGACCGAGAUACCUCCACGGUAGCAAUAUUUAUGGACGACAAAGUGGAACUGUUAAACGUUACCUAUGACAGAAUGGCCAGACCGGUACGCUGGGGACCGAGAAGCGGAAUAUUUGCUGAAGUUGAGCUAGAUUAUGAUAGGUUCAAUAGAUUGACAAGCUGGCGGUGGGGAGAACUCAACGAAACCUAUGGCUUUGAUAGAGCGGGAAGACUGCACGAGAUUCGCUACGGCGAUGGGUCAUCCCUAGCCUACUCUUUCCGAGACAUGUUCACAAGCCUACCGCUUAAGGUUACGACGCCAAGAGGUAGCGACUAUUUACUUGACUACGAUGACUCUGGUGCAUUGCAGAAUCUUACCACACCACGAGGUCAUAUUCACACUUUCGCAUUAAUGACUUCUCUAGGCUACUUCAAAUACCAAUACUUUUCACCGAUGAACAGGCAUCCAUAUGAGAUUCUGUACAAUGACGAUGGAUAUAUUUUAGCCAAGAUAUUCCCGCACCAAUCGGGCAAAAUCUUAUACGUCUACGACAACUCUGGUAAAUUGGAAACAGUACUUGCCGGAGCCUCGGCUAUUCGUUACGUGUACCACGAAAAUACUCAUCUCGUUAAAAAUGUUGAGAUAUCAGACCCCGAUUACGAAUUGAGGCAAGAUUAUAAGUAUCACGCUGGAAUUCUCAAAGACGAAAAAAUGAAGUUCAAUUCCAAGAGUGGCAUCAAUAACGCUCAUAUCAAAUAUCAAUACGAUGGCAAUGCGCGACUUUCGACGAUCGACGUGAACAUUAACAGUAAAGAAAUGCCGCAACUUAGAUUGAAGUACAACCAGAAUUUGGGUAUUCUUGAAGCCGUAAGCGAUUUGCGAAUCUACAGAAACACCUUUAAUAGAUCCGUAAUGCAAGAUACCAGCAAGCAAUACUUCACGAUAACGGAUUACGACGACCACGGCAGAAUUAAAACUAUUCUCAUGAAUAUCAAAUCUUAUGAUGUCUUCCGUCUAGAAUUGGAGUAUGACGUACGAAAUAGGAUAAAAUCAAAGAAAAUGAUGAUCGGCGACACUUCUUCGAACGAACGAAUCAGUUACAACUAUGAUGGCCACCUAAUGGAAGUCGUAGCGUCUGAAGACGACUGGAAAUACGUGUACGACGAGAACGGUAACGUCAUUGGAGUGAUUGAACAUGGAGAGAAACGAUACCUCGGCUACGACAUUGGAGACAGAGUUGUACAAUAUGGUGACAUUGAAUACAGCAGUUACGACGGCAGAGGAUUUGUCAUUCGCCGUGCCGAACAGAAGUACAGAUACAAUUCCCGCGGACAGUUCGUCCACGCAUUCGAAAGAGAUAAGUUCCAGGUUUGGUACUACUACGAUGACAGAAAUAGAUUAGUUGCGUGGAAAGACGAUAAAGAAAAUAUAACACAAUUCUUCUACACAAAUCCACAGUCGCCUAACUUAAUCACUCAUAUGCACUAUCCUAAGACGGAGAAAACGGUGCGAUUCCUGUACGACCAGAGAGAUUUCUUAACUUGCAUCGAGACUGAAGACCAACGGUUUUAUGUCGCGACGGAUCACAACGGCUCACCUCUCGCCGUAUUCGACGUGAACGGCGAAAUCGUGAAGGAAAUUAAACGUACACCAUUCGGAAAGAUCGUCAAAGACACAAAUCCCGGAUUCUAUGUUCCUGUAGAUUUCCAAGGAGGUCUUUUGGAUUUCAACACCAAUUUGAUAUAUCUCGAGAACCGCUUAUAUGAUCCGUUCGUUGGACAAUGGAUGACGCCGAACUGGGAGCAUCUUGCCACGAAACUCAGUCUUCCUACUGACAUCUUCAUCUAUAGGUUUAGAAAUAAUGAUCCUAUUAACAGAAAACAGAAUGUUCCAUACAUGACCAGCUUGUCCAGUUGGUUGCAACUUUAUGGGUAUGACUUGACGAAGAUGAUGGGUGCGAAGUACAUCACAGAUAUGAUAUUUACUCCAAAAACAUCGGUCACUGCACCUCAACUUGCGCCUGAUUUCGGGGUGAUGUCCGGACUACAGUGCAUUAUUGAAAAGGUGAACGACAAGCUGUCGGAUAUAGAAUUCGUACCGACACCAUUACUGAAGAUGGAACCCAUAACACGGAACUUACUACCUCGUGUCUCCUACAAACGUGGAGUAUUCGGCGAAGGAGUUUUGAUUUCUCGAGUCGACGGCCGGGCCUUCAUAAGUGUCGCAGACGGCGCGAAUAGCGUAGUCGAAGACGUUAUUACCACUGUCUUCAAUAACUCAUUCUUUUUGGACGUACACUUUAGUAUACACGACCAGGAUGUCUUCUACUUUGUGAAGGAUAACUCCCUUAAAGUGAGAGAUGAUAUGGAUGAGCUUCGACGCUUGUCUGGAAAAUUCAACGUCUCGCAAGACGAGACUAAUGACCAGGGACUAGAGGUUCGAGUACAUGCAGUGGGCAAGGGCUCAGCUCAAGCGGUCAUAGUUCUACGUUAUGGAGUCGAUCCCGCCCAGGAAAGGAUAAAACUCCUGAAGCACGCGCACAAACGAGCCGCCGCCAGAGCUUGGGAAAGAGAAAAGGCUCUAGUGGCCGCCGGAUGGGAAGGAAGAGGAUCGUGGACCGAAGAGGAGAAGGAGGAGCUGAUCUCGCACGGCAUCGUGGACGGAUGGGCGGCCAGGGACGUCCACUCCGUGUCCAAAUACCCGCAGCUGGCGGACGACCCCGCGAACAUCGUGUUCGUGCGCGACGGAAGACGCAAGAGGAGAAAGAGUGGCCGCGCACGCCACCGCUCGUGA